UUCAUCUAGUCUUUGUUCUCUCGCUCAAGGAUUCUCCUACCAUGGAAGUUUUGUCUCAAUGCGCAAGCCUCCUACCCCUUUUCUUUGUUGGAAUUCUUCUAGAAAGACUUAAUAUGGUGACAUAUUUGGUCCCGUCGACCACCUUCUGUUCGCAAUUACAAGGGCAUGAACCGAAGCAGACGGAGCCAUUUGCAUUCGCCAUUUAGGCAAGCCAAUUCUUCUUCAACAUCGCUGGCUGGAAUGGAAAAGCCUAUUCGCUCUUUUAAGUCUUUCGUCAAGAACGUACCGCCGAUUCGCAUCAACAACAGGGCUUUGCCACAAAAUCCAUCAGCUGACAAAGAUCCUUCGCCACUGCCAUCAACUACCCACCCUGUCCUAGCUAGACCAACUUCAAGUCAGCAAUCUCGACUGUUGCCCAUAUAUGAGAGUGAGCCUGACCUGGGGCCUCCGCGAACCACUCCAAAAUCGUCUCUACCAUCUCUGCCGUUGCCAAGUGUCAAAGUCAAUGAAGUAGAAUUCCCUCGACACCCUCCACCUACUCAAGCUUCAUGCCCCGGCCCAAACCGCAAUGUAAAACGAAACCCAUGGACGGAGUCGUCGGUCGGUUCCAACUUGUCUCAGCGGUCCCACGAGAAAACCCACGGUACUUCAGGUAGCAAUCCAUCAAAUAGACUUCAAGAAUCCCCUAAUAUCCCCCGCAAAGAGCCUGCUGGGCAAGGCUCUAAGCAUGACCGAACUGUCCGGCAGUAUCUAAAGGGCAAAGAGCGUCGAGCGCUAAACAAGGGAAGCCCACUAGCGGAAGACAGCUUGGGGGGCCAAGACAUGGACGAUAGGGCCAGGCAACUGAGAUGUUUUCAAGGCUACCACGAGCUAUUCAUCGACCCAUACCAAGGACUCAGUGUAUCUCAAGAGGAGGUGUUGAGAAAGGGACCACCUCACCUUGGUAGCCCUAGUGUGCUAGAAGGCCAAAGAUUAUAUGUAAAGCAACACCGCCACAAUCAUCGGUUAGUUCCUCGACCUUUAUCUUGGCAGUCGUCUUCUGCGGGCUCCAAUCCCCGUAGAGAUUCCCUAAAUGAGAAUCGAAAACCACUUCUACACAGCGAAGCGUCCCCCGAAGUGAAUAAGGAGAAAAAUCACCGGCGCUCAUGGGUUCCUGAACGUCUGAGCUUUGGGGUUAGACGAGACAGGUCUUACUCUACCUCAACGAUUCAGUCGGCAGAAAGUCAUGGUAGCAAAGGCACGAACAAAGAAUCGCAAAUUCCAGAAAGCCAAGUCGAAAAAUUGCUCAAGCAGCAUCCCCGGUUUUUCGAAUUUUAUCUCCGAUGGAAGCUACCUAUCAAGAAGAGCGCAAAAAGAAAGGAACAGACAGAGCCUCCUAAUUGUGCAGCUACUCCUCAAUUGUUGGAGCCGCUAAUUCGUCUGCCAAGAGGAUUUGUGAUUGUUAGAGCGUUUCCAUCGCCUGCGCCCAAGUCAAAACCACCGGGGUCAAGAAGCACCAUAGCUAUUUCAUUUGGUACUGGAGGUGCAUCUGACAACGUAACAUCUCCUACGUCGCCAAAUCCAAUUACACCAGAGCAUCACUCUUCAUUAACCAGUUCCAAGAAGAAUCAACGUGCACCCCGAGAACCCGAAGGCGAGCAGUCCACACUAACAGCCGUCAUUUAUGCCGAAGUUGCAUCCCAGUCUCAGCAUUCUCGCGGCUCAGAGCAUUCAGCAGCACAGGAGUCGUCAUCAAGCCCCAAGUCAAUGGUGUCUUGGCGUAAAUUCCGCGGAGAUGAGAAUGACAGGGACGAGAACAAACCAGGCUUCAUCAAGAAAGCGCGAGAGGCACGAAGAAAACAUAACCAACAAAUCCGACAAGACAAACUGAAGAAAAUCAUUCAAGUCCUCGGCCCCACGGAUCCAAGCGUCGUCGCAGGCUACGUAAAAAGCCCGGAAUCAGCAAUCGGGGGUGAUAGCAGAAUGUUGGGAUAUUUGGUUAGAAAUGAGAUGGCAUGAAUCCAGGCCAGAAUUACCUUCCUAUAUAGCUAGAGUGAGGACUUUGCAAUUGUUUUGAUAGAAGGCUCUCUAAAUUUGAGGUAGAAAUAUACUUAAACGAUCAUCCGC